AUGGCCAAACAUGUGUUCACCUUUAAGUAUGUCCCAUGUGCUAAUACUGUUAUGAUUUUGUGGAAAGGAUCUCACUUUGAGCAAUGGCUCCAGCUAAAGUCAGGCCAAAUCAUCAAGAAGAAGGCGAAGAAGAUCAGGACAAAGGUGACGUUCCACAGGCCAAAGACACUGACGAAGGCUAGAGACCCAAAGUACCCACGCAUCAGUGCAACUCCAAGGAACAAGUUGGACCACUACGGAAUCCUCAAGUACCCACUCACCACCGAGUCCGCAAUGAAGAAGAUUGAAGACAACAACACCUUGGUCUUCAUUGUUGACAUCCGUGCAGACAAGAAGAAGAUCAAGGAUGCUGUCAAGAAGAUGUAUGACAUUCAGACGAAGAAAGUCAACACACUCAUUAGGCCUGAUGGAACGAAGAAGGCGUACGUGAGAUUGACUCCUGAUUACGAUGCUUUGGAUGUGGCUAACAAAAUCGGAAUCAUCUAAUCCAUCAAUCCAUUUUCCUUUUGUUCAAAACAGACUUCAUGUUUUUCUCUUCUGUAGUUUCAGUUUUGUUAGAAAAAUGAAGGAUAAUACAUCUCUUUGUGCUUUAAUCGUUGGACUCAAAAGUGUUGGUACUUACUGGUGCGUUAUAAUUUUCUUAUUAUCAUGUUCUCCUCU